AUGACCAUAAACGAUGAAAAUCCCGUUAUAAACAAUGGCGCGGACUUCGAGGAGUACGACGAUGAGGUCUCCUCGCAGAUGUUCGAAAGAGCUCGCAUCCGCGCACUAGCAGGUAACAACUUGUUCACUUUUUCUAUUUUCAUAUCGUAACUUGUAUCUGUUAUCAAAAAAAUGAUAAUAUUCUACUUAUUGUUAAUACUCAAAAUCAAUUUUUGCCUUGCAGACGAACGUGAGAUCGUUCAAAAGAAGACGUUCACAAAAUGGGUUAAUUCUCAUCUGAUCCGUGUGUCCUGCAAGAUCCAGGACCUGUACGUCGACAUGCGUGACGGAAAGAUGCUGAUCCAGCUGCUCCAAGUACUAUCUGGGGAGAGGCUACCGAAACCGACCCGCGGAAAGAUGCGGAUUCACUGUCUGGAGAACGUGGACAAGGGACUGCAGUUUCUGCGCGACCAACGAGUUCAUCUGGAAAACUUGGGUCCCAACGAUAUUGUCGAUGGAAGCCCUCGCCUCACACUAGGUCUCAUCUGGACCAUCAUCCUCCGGUUCCAGAUUCAGGAUAUCACAUUCGAGGAUACUGAUAAUCAGGAAACACGACAAGCCAAGGAAGCCCUGCUUCUGUGGUGCCAAAUGAAGACUGCCGACUACAAGAAUGUCAACGUCAAAAACUUCACGACCAGCUGGAGAGAUGGUCUCGCCUUCAACGCUCUCAUCCACAAACACCGUCCCGAUCUCAUCGACUUUGACAAACUUCAGAAGUCCAACGCCAUUCACAAUCUGAAAAAUGCUUUCGACGUGGCCGAGAACCACCUCGGUCUUCUCCGAUUCUUGGAUCCAGAAGGUAAGAUUUUUAUUUUAAAAGUUACAAGCCUUCUUUUUUAAUCUAUUUUGCUAAUUUUUACCCUAAAACAUUACGGAAUAUGCGUUUUGUUUACCAAAGAUAACAUUUGCAGAUGUCAAUGUCGAACAGCCUGAUGAAAAGUCAAUCAUCACCUACGUCGUCACUUUCUACCACUACUUCAACAAGGUGAAACAAGAGGAAAUCCAAGGAAAACGUAUUGGCAAAGUGAUCUCUGAACUCAUCGAAAACGAAGCCAAGAUGGACGAGUACGAAGCCAUCUCCAGCAGCCUUCUCGAGUGGAUCAAGAAGACCAUUGUCAGUCUGAAUGACAGGAACUUCUCGAAUUCACUGAGUGGAGUUCAGAAACAACUCACCGAUUUCAACCAGUACCGUACUCAAGAGAAACCACCUCGAUUCCAGGAAAAAGGAGAGCUGGAGGUGUUGUUGUUCACCCUACAGAGUAGGAUGCGUGCCAACAAUCAACGGCCGUUCAUUCCGAGUGAAGGCAAGAAGGUGGCCGAGAUCAACAAGGCCUGGGAAGAUUUGGAACGAUGUGAACAUGAACGUGAAUUGGCGUUGAAGGAGGAACUUAUUAGGUAAGGUUUAAUAUUGUUUAAAAUUAUCUUUAAAACAUCAUCAAUAUAAUGUGUUUUUGUUGUAAAAUCAAAAAGCCUACAAAAUAUUUUAAAAAUAUUGUAGUAUGUUAAAUAAACAACUUUUUCAGACAAGAGAAGUUAGAACAACUUGCUGCCAGAUUCGACCGCAAGGCUGGAAUGAGAGAAACCUGGCUCACUGAAAACCAACGUCUAGUCAGCCAAGACAACUUCGGCGAAGACCUGGCCGCGGUAGAAGCCGCCCUCAAGAAGCACGAAGCCAUCGAAACCGACAUUCAUGCUUACGAAGAACGUGUUCAAGCUGUAGUGGCUGUAGCCGGGGAACUGGAAGCCGAAAACUACAACGACAUCGAGAGAAUCAACUCCUCCAAAGAUCAUAUUCUGCAGUUGUGGAAUACGUUGCUGGAGUUGCUACAGUCCCGUCGUGCCAGACUAGAAGCACACCGCAACGUUCAGAGGAUAUUCCACGAUAUGGACGGAGUCCUGAACAUGUGUGACGAAGUCGAAGCCAAACUCAGCUCAGAAGACCGUGGACAGCAUCUGAUGGACGUGCAAGACCUCCUCCAGAAGCACGCCAUGAUCAUCUCCGACUUGAACAUCAUCAACGACAGAAUCCAGAACGUGAACAAAGCCGCCGAACCUUAUGCUCAAGAGCGAUCGGGAGAAGACGAUUAUCGACCGGUCGAACCUCAGGUGGUCAGAGAUCGCAGCAAACAACUUGUCGACAGGUUGGACGAUCUCCAAGAACUGGCUUCCAAGAGGAACCGUGACCUCGAAGACAACAAGAAGUUGUGCCAGUUCUGGUGGGAUCUGGCUGACUUGGAGAACACUUUUAGAGAACAAGAACAAGUACUGGCUCUCACCAAUACCGGCCACGAUGUACCGUCAGUUAAGCGUUUGAUCGCUGAACACAAGAACGCAGAGAACAACCUCACGAGCCUUGGUGGAAUCCUUGAGACUCUGGAACAACAAGGUCAGGAGCUGGCUGAUGAGAAGAUCCCCGGAUCCGAGAACAUCAAUGCCAGAAUCGAGGAAACCCGGUCGUAUUACGAAAAGCUCCGCCAGCUUGCUGAUGCUCGUCGCGACAAUCUUGAUGGAGCUCUCAACUACUUCUUGUUCUUCAACCAAGCUGACGAGGUUGAUGGUCUUCUACUUGACACUCUGCGUGUUGUGUCAUCUGACGAUGUCGGCCGUGACGAAGGCACUGUUGGUGUGUUGCUGAAGAAGCACGAUGGUGUGAAGGACGACCUCGAGAAGUUCGACGAACACAUUGUCCAACUCCAAGCUCAAGUCGAAAGUCUGCCUCAAGAAGCUCGCGCUCAUCCAGACAUCAUCCAACGUCUGGCUCAGACCGACAAACGUCGUCGCGAUCUCGAAGAGUUGUCGCGGCUUCGCAAACAACGCCUCAUCGACGCUUUGUCGCUGUACAAGCUUCUCAGCGAUGCUGAUGCAAUUGAAGCCUGGAUCGACGAGAAGGGCAAACUUCUGGCUACACUGAUUCCAGGAAGCGACCUGGAAGAGGUGGAGAUCAUGAAGCAUCGUUUCGGUACUUUGGAGAGCGACCUCAAGAACCAAGAAGACAAAUUGAACACGGUGAACAAAUUGGCUCGCGAGAUGGUUCAAGUGGAUCACCCCAACGUCGACGAGAUUCUGCAACGCCAAAACAAACUGAAUGCCCGUUGGGCACAGUUGAAGGACAUGGUCGACCAGAAGAGAUCAGAAUUGGACCGUGCUCACCGUCUGGAGACCUUCAGAAUCGACUGUCAAGAAACCGUCACCUGGAUCGAAGACAAGGUUAAGGUUCUCGAAGAUUCUACGGAACUCACCAACGAUCUCAGCGGUGUCAUGAGACUGAAGAGACGUCUGUCUAUGAUGGAGCGUGACUUGGGAGCCAUCCAGUCCAAGCUGGACAACUUACAAGCAGAAGCCGACGAAAUCGCGGUCGAAAAACCACACCAAGCUCAAGUCAUCCGAGAAGAUAUUGGCAGAAUCCAGCACGUCUGGGACGUUCUCAACAGAAAAGUCAGAGAACAAGAAGCCAAAUUGGAAGAAGCCGGAGAUCUUCAAAGAUUCUUACGCGACCUCGACCACUUCCAAGCAUGGCUCACGGCCACACAACGCCAAGUUGCCAGCGAAGACGAACCUCAAAGUCUGGCUGAAGCCGAACGACUUCUGGCUCAACACAAAGCCAUCCACGAUGAAAUCAAUGGCUACGCCGAAGACUACAAGAAGAUGCGUGCUAUGGGUGACAGAGUCACUCAAGACCAAACUGACCCUCAGUACAUGUUCUUACGUCAACGUCUAGCUGGUCUCGAGGAAGGUUGGGAAGAACUCGGCAGAAUGUGGGACAACCGACAACACAUGUUGUCGCAAGGCCUCAACUUGCAGAUGUUCUUGCGUGAUGCCAAGCAAGCCGAGGUCAUGUUGUCGCAACAAGAAAACUUCUUGGCCAAAGAAGAACAGCCACAGUCCCUGGAACAGGCUGAGAACUUGCUGAAACGUCACCAAGACUUCCUCACCACGAUGGAUGCCAACGACGAGAAGAUCCGUGGCGUCGUCAUAUUUGGCGACAAACUCAGCUCUGACGGUCACUAUGCUGCUGACAAGAUUCACAAGAAGUCACGCAACAUCCAAGAACGUCGUGAAGCCAACCGAGAAAAGGCGUUGGCUCAUCUCGAUAAACUGAAGGAUGCCUUAGGCAUUCAACAGUUCUUGAGUGAUUGUGAGGAGUUGAGAGAAUGGAUCGAAGAAAAGAUGAUUCUUGCUCAAGACGAAACCUACAGAGACGCCAAGACCAUCACCUCCAAGUUCGUCAGACAUCAAGCCUUCCAAUCCGAACUCCAGGCUAAUAAGGCUCGUCUCCAGGAGCUGAAACAAGCUGCUGAGAAGUUGAGCGAAGAGAAGCCCGAGUUCAUCGAAGCUAUCACACCUCACGUCGGAGAACUCGAGAACCAAUGGACCCAGUUGGAGGAGACGACCGUGGAGAAGGGCAAGAAGCUGUUCGACGCCAACCGUCAACAACUCUACGUCCAAUCCAUCGCCGACAUGCAAGACUGGGCUCAGCAACUCGAGCAACAAAUUGGUGUCGACCAACCACCAUCCGACUUGUCUACUGUCAAUGUAGCCAUGCAGCGACAACAAGCCAUUGAAUCCGAGAUGGAGAAGAAGGUGCUUCACCUUGAAUCCCUUCAAGAAAUGGAGCCACAGCUUGAAGAACUGCAUCCAGAUGAACUCGAGGACAUCAAGGCUCACCGUUUGGCCAUCACCGAGAAGCUGCAACGUUUGAAGGCCCCUCUCGACGACCGUCGCAGACAAUUGGAGCGCAGAAAGGCCGCCUUCCAAUUCGUCAGAGAUGUUGAGGAUGAGAAGUUGUGGGUUGACGAACGUCUUCCUAUCGCUAACGCACCUCAACUCGGCGAGAAUCUGUUCGACUGUCAACGUCUCCAGAAGAACACGGAAUCCCUGAGAAGCGAGAUGGACAACCACGAGCCAUGGAUCCGAAAGAUCAUCGACAAUGGGCAAGAAUUGAUCGACGAAGGCCACGAGAACGCCGACGCUUUCAAGGACAAGAUCAAGGAGAUGGAAGACAAGUGGCAGAGUCUGAAGGACGCUCUCGACGACAGAAAACGACGACUUCAGGAAAGCGAGAAGGCCCACCUCUUCUUGUACGACUGUAACGAAGCCGAAGCCUGGAUGAGCGAACAAGAGUUGUACAUGAUGCAAGACGAACGUGGCAAAGACGAGUUCUCCACCCAGAACCAGAUCAAGAAGCACGAACGUCUUCAACAAGACAUCAACAACUACGCGGACAACAUCCGUGAACUUGGCAAACGUGCUCACAACUUCAUUGAAGAAAAGUCGCCCCUUAGCGAUCAAAUCGCUCUCAGACAAUCUCAGAUCGAGAAGCUUUACGCUGGUCUCCAGGAUCUGUGCAAAGAACGAAGAAAGCGACUCGAUGAAACCCUCCAACUGUACGGUCUUCAUCGUGAAAUCGACGAUCUUCUUCAAUGGAUCGCCGACAAAGAAGUUGUCGCCGGUUCCCAUGAGAACGGUCAAGACUACGAGCACGUUCAGAUGCUCCAAGAACGCUUCCAACAGUUUGCUCGCGAUACUGAAGCCAUCGGCUCGGAACGUGUCUCUCGUGCCAACAACGACUGCGACCAGUUGAUUGUAGAAGGACACAGCGACGCCCCGACCAUAGCUUUGUGGAAGGACAGUUUGAACGAAGCCUGGGAGAACCUGUUGGAGUUGAUUGAUACUCGCUCUCAGAUUCUGGAAGCUUCACGUCAAAUGCACAAGUUCUUCCACGACUGUCGUGACUGUUUGUCCAGAAUUAUCGAGAAGAAGCACAGUAUGCCUGACGAGCUUGGCCGUGACUCUUCUUCGGUCAACGCCCUCAGUAGAAAGCAUCAGAACUUCCUGAAAGACAUUGAAGCCAUCGGAGCUCAAGUCAGACAGAUCGAGCAAGAUGCCGCCUACCUACGAGAUUCGUACGCUGGAGACAAGGCCAUUGAGAUCGCUUCCAAAGAAGCCGAAGUCCUCAAAGAAUGGAAACAACUCCACGCUCUGUGUGAAGCUAGGAACAUCCGCCUCAUGGAUACUUCUGAUCUGUUCAGAUUCAUGAACAUGGUGAGGGAUCUGUUGUUGUGGAUGGACGAAGUGAAGCGAGAGAUGACUUCUCACGAACGGCCGAAAGACGUUUCUGGCGUUGAGCUGUUGAUGAACAACCAUCAAUCGUUGAAGGCUGAAAUCGACACCCGAGAAGACAACUUCAGUGCCUGUAUCACGUUGGGCCGCACGCUACUGGAGAGGAAGCACUACGCCAGCUCAGAAAUCGAGAAGAAGUUGAUCAAGUUGACUACAGAGAGAGCCGAGAUGAUGCACAGAUGGGAAGACCGGUGGGAAUACCUCAGACUCAGUAAGUUUUUUUUUUAUCAUAUCAGAUGUAGUAGCGUAAUGUCUUAAUUUCUAAAAGAAUAACUUUGUAAUCGUACUCUUUUUAGUCCUCGAAGUGUACCAAUUCGCUCGUGAUGCGGCCGUCGCCGAAGCCUGGUUGAAUGCUCAAGAACCCUACCUGAAGUCGAUGAAUUUCGGUCGGAACCUGGAGGAAGUGAUCGCCAUGAUCAAGAAGCACGAAGCCUUCGAGAAGUCGGCUUCAGCUCAAGACGACCGCUUCCUUGCUCUUGAGAAGAUGACCAACUUCGAGUUGAAGGAGAUGCAACGACGAGAACAGUACGCGGACGAGGAGCGACGCCGCCGUUCCGGUUCACCUCAGGUUAGACCUGGAAGAUCAGGAGAAACCACGUUCCCAGUUCACGAACCUGGUCGAUCAGAAGGUAUUUUUUUAGACAGAUUGACGGUUUGUUAUAACAACAUCAGUUUGUUACUUAUUUUGAUCGGUAACAUCAGUUUAUUACCUUUUUCACCUAAAAAUAAUAACAAGGUUGUUACCUAAACAUUGUUUGUUUAAUAUGGUUUGACAAUUAAUUUCGUAUUUAUUAUAUAUAUGUAGUUUAAUAUCGUUUGUGGUUGUUAUUGUUGUAAAUUAAUGUUGUUGUAGCGUUUGAUUUGACUGUGAGUUCAUUUGGAAGUGGCGGAAGUGGACACAAAGGUAAUUGUUGUAGUUUAUUAAUGUUCUAAAUUUAAAUUCGUAGACUUACCUGUAUUUCUGAACUGUAAAACAUCUUUUUGGAUCCUGAAAGCACAAAUUUUACAAAAAAAUGUAAAAAUACAAAUUUUUGUCCGAACGAACUUAAUCUAUUGAAUUUUGGAACGAAAUGCCACUUUUAUUAUCCGGCUUUUGGAGCUUUUUUGUUUCAUUGCUGAAAACAGAUUAAUAUGUAUAAAAUAGAAUUUCUUGAAUAUAAAAUAGAUGUAAAAGCUUUUAAAUUUGUAAUAUUUGGUUGAUAAGUGUUGUAUGGUAGUUCUGUGUUUCAGAACGAUCUCGACUUCAAACAGAACCUUCAUCAUGGCGGCAAUCUCUGUCUCGAACUGCUCGGUUUGCUGUUCACGACUUACGUGGUACUAAUUUUUGUUGUUUUUGCUUUAUUUGUUUGAUAUUUGUUCAAAACAUUAUCAGAAGUUAAUAUUGUUCUCUAAAUUUAACAUUUCUUUAUUUUAGGAGCUUCGACAGCUGAUGGAUUCGAAGGCACGAUCAUCAGGAAACACACCUUCGAAGCACUCGACCGUAGAGCUUCUAACAGGUAUGUUGGACCUGAUUUCAAACAUUAUGAGUUUGGACAGCAUAUUUAAUAUUUUUUGGUUUAAAAAAUUUUAAAAAUUCGGCUUAAAAUCAUAUUGUUUUAGAGCAUGGGACAAGUUGUACGCCGUUCUUCACGGCAGCGAACUCUUCUUCUACAAAGACUUGAAACAUCGUCAAGAACAGUCGACCUUCCACAACGAACAGGCUCUACAGCUGGCUGGAUGCACCGUGCAGCCUUCUGAAUAUUCGAAACGAAAGAAUGUCAUAUCAUUGCGGUUACCGUUCGGUUCAGAAUAUCUAUUGCAAUGUGCGGACGAGGUAAGAAAUUGUUUAAUAUUGGGAUUCUGAAGAGUAUUUGUUAUCUCGUUUUUAAGUAUUUUAACCUUUUGAUCAAAAGUACACGGAAACGCUAGAAAAGAGUUUAACAUACCUUAUUAUAGAGCAAACCUGUGAUUGUAGGCACUUUUUGACCAAUAUCUUUAACUUUUAGUCUUUCUAUUAUAUAACGUCUUUAUGAGCUAAAAAUCAUCAAUACUAUUUUCUUCAGGAGGAUUUGCAUAAAUGGUUGUCUCAACUUCAACAUGCCACUGGCAGCUCGAGCCUAGAACAACCCUCCCCCCAGCCUCAAUCUUCUUCCACGCCCAUUCCAGAAGAAGCGCGAGGCCAAAGCCCGGCCGAAGCCCCAGUCAAGGCGAAGAAGGGAUUCUUCUCGAGGGGCAAAAAGUAG